AAAGAGUAGUCUAAUCUCAAAUGAAUUCGUAUCCAAUCUAAUAUGAUAAGAGGGUUAAACUCAGUUCUGAGACACACCCGGAAAUAGAACACAACGCGAAAUCUAAAUCUGCAGAAAGAGGAGGAAAUCUCCUGCAAGCUUGGCGUUUUUUGGGACCCGAGCACUGGUCAAUGAGUUAUGCACAAAAGAAAGCUGAGGUCGUUGUCACAUGCUGCAUGCAACUCGGCAACUCCUGGCAAACGCCGCCUCCAAAGAGCCUCACGGGUUGCUGGCUUGGCUCACAGGGCUCCGACUUGGCAGUGAACAAGACCCAAAAAGAGGUUCGCUAUUCUCCAGGAAUGCGAAGCUCAAUGAACCGUUGAGAUUUAUGCACAGCGACGCAACACUUUUUCCGUGCGUCAAAUGGGUGCGAUUUACACAUGUUGCUCCUGGGGCAUCAAAGGCCAUGACAGGGAGGAGAAGAACGCGAUUUUACGACAUGAGUUCUACCAAGAAUUUCCAGCACCAAACCUGUCUGAGGACUCCCGGGUCAGUGUGUCCAGCGGAGGGGACCUGUCCCAGGAGUUCUUACCGGCGACCGGGACAGACCCAGACAGACCCCUGCGGAGGACCCCCAGGAAGUCCAGCGGUCACGCGGAACCAGAUUCAGACGAAGAGCUACAGGCCUUCAUCACGAUGAGGAAUCAGACGGACAAGGCAACAGAGGAGUGGGAGAAGCUGAACUAUGACAUCCACAGUUUGAAGUGUUCCCGCCGGGAGGUCAACACCAGGUGGAAGAAGAUCCUGCUGUUGCUGGGCUACCAGCGGGAGGUGGAUGCUCUGCUCUCUGUGAACAGACAGACAGCUCUCCUCGAGUCUGAGAAUCUGGACAAGGCCCGAGAGCUGCUCCAGUCCAUAAUGGAGGAGUCUGGCCUCUUCCCACCCGGCAUAGCGGCCAAUGACAGAUACGCCUUCGUCUUGGAUCGUUUGAUCUCUCUGGACAGUGCAGAGGAAUUUGUCCGACUGGCCAAGGAGAAGUAUCCAAAAGCAUGGCCCCAGAGAGAGAGAGAGAGAGAGAGAGAGAAUGAACUGUAAGAUGUGUGGGUGGAUGUUAAAGAA